CGUUUGCAAAUGACUUCUGCAAGUUGAUUAAAAAAAUAUUUUGCUAUACUUCUGGCAUUAUAACUCUAGUAGGUAUUUUUAACCUUUAUAUUGGUCCAUCCAUGCAUUCCUGUUAUUAGAAUUCAAUUAUUACAAUAAUUUGCCACCUCUUCCCUGUCAAAAAUGCCCACACUAAAAAAUAACCCAGCUAUAACAGAGUAUGAGUGCCUAAAAUUCCUAUAGAGCAUGCUCAGGCUGUUUUCUUAAAUUUGCUUUAAAGCAAUUGGUUUUAUCUGGCAGCAUAACCUCAGACGUUAUUGAGUCUUGCCAGGAAGCUGCGAAUGCACAAAUGAAACCAUUUCCUUGGAAGGACCGAUCCUGAACGUACUUUAAGCAUCUGAGCUAAGAAGUGGAUUUUUCUGUCAAGUUAGGGUUUCCUCUUUAAUUUGCCCUUUUUUCUGCAUGAGUUUGAAGCAGAGUUCUGUGCCAAACACGUCUGGAGGAUGACUGGCCUGCAUUACGGGUUCUCAGCACUACAGAAAUUGCUGCCUGAUGCUUUGGGUAAGAAAUGUGCUUCAGAACUUGUGGUGCAGAUUUGGAAGGCCACUGAUGUACUUCUACAAAUCUGUUAUUGCCUAGCUCCAGUAAGUGUCAUGUAUGUGGGACUGUUACAAUGGGUUUUCUUGCUUCUUCUCGUAUUUUCAGUCAUAACACUGUGGUACAUCACUUUUUCUUCCAACACUGUGAUUGAACAUGCAAACACCAUGUACUUCUAUGAAUACGAACCGGUGUACAAGCAGCCGUACCUCUUCACGUCAGGAGAACACUUGAAAUGCAAAGACAUAGAUCCAUUUCUUGUCAUCCUGGUGUCUUCGAGACCUAAUGAUGUGGAGUCAAGGCAGGCCAUAAGGAUAACAUGGGGAUCUCAGAGCUUCUGGUGGGGACAUCGGAUUCUAACCCUGUUCUUACUGGGUCAGGAAACUGAAAGAGAAGACAAGUCUGCAGCACUGUCAGUAGAAGAUGAAAGCAUCCUGUACGGUGACAUAAUUAGCCAAGAUUUUAUGGACACUUACGACAAUCUUACUUUGAAAACAAUCAUGGCAUUCAGAUGGGUGACUGAAUUCUGUCCAAAUGCUAGAUUCGUCAUGAAGGCUGAUUCUGAUGUCUUCAUCAACACAGGUAACUUAGUAAAAUUUCUUCUGAAGCUCAACUCCUCAGAAACAAUUUUCACUGGUUAUCCUUUUAUAGGUAGCUUUGCCUACAGAGGCUUCUACAAGAAAACAUACAUCUCUUACGAUGAAUAUCCUUUCAGUUUUUAUCCUCCGUACUGCAGUGGCAUGGGUUAUAUAUUGGACGGAAACCUGGCUCUGAGGGUUUAUGAAAUGAUGAAUCAUAUCAAACCUAUUAAAUUUGAGGAUGUUUAUGUUGGAAUUUGCUUAAAUAUACUCAAGGUGAACGUCAUCAUUCCAGAAGAACAACGGUUCUUUCUUUAUAAAAUUAAUUUUGAUGUCUGUAAGUAUAGGCGUUUGAUUGCAGUACAUGGCAUUAAGCCAAGUGAAAUGAUCCAGUUUUGGCAGGAUUUGUCAUCCAACACUUCAGUAACUUGCCUUUGAUUCUGUAUAAAUGUACAUGAGCUUAAACCUGUACCGUCUUAAGCUUUGAGUUGUACUGCAAAAGUGUUCAACUAACACACAGGGCCACACGAAACAAAAGCGUGGUUGUUGAGCUGACUUUGGCUGAAGGACAACUGUGCUGCUGGAGCUGCGAUGGCAGCGUUUCUCUGGGACGUUCCAAUAUCCUUAAGUGAAAAUGUCACAAAUUCGCAAAGCACUUUUCCAUGUGUCUAUCCUGUGCAUGCAGGAUACUUUGGAAUACGCUGUCCUGUCUUGCUCUGAUGCUUCUGCAUGCUGUCUGCUGUAACCAUGCGAUUUCUGCCUCAAUCUCCUGGAAUUUAUAAAAAUGGUACAGGAGUUAUGUUUAUGCCAAGAAACUAGCCUCAAAGAUGCUUCUCAGGGUACUGCCUAACUUGUUCUGUUGUUUUUAUGAACUGUAUCAUCCUUUGCUGCCUUCAGGCACUUGUUCUCUGCCCAGCACCAAACUCGGAGCUACCUUAUUGACACAUAACCGCCCCUGUAAUCGUUCUGAGUGUUCCAGGGCUCCGGAUCUUGUGGGGUGUGCAGAAGCCAAGGGGAAGUUCUGAAAACGGGAUGCACCCUGGGUGUGCAUGUGUAUGUGUAUUUAUAUACAUGUAAAACAGAAUUGUUCUGGUGCCUUACUAGGAGCAUUAGCAACGUUCACAGACCAUUAGAAGGCUGGCCCAGAAUACUCCAUGUGCAGUUUGGGCCCGAGACGUCCCCCACCCUGUGGUACCAUCAGGUACCGCAUGUAUCCGUACACGUGUGUACGUGCGUGUGUGCUGAUGCAUCCCGAGGGUUACUGGCACCACACUUCACAUCCAUUCAGAACUUUAUACCCAUUCCAAAAAUAGUCUUCUUGCUUCAAGUUUUGAAAUGAAAGAAGAAUGAAAGUCUGGGCUUCUAACGUAAAGAAGACAAGCUGUAGUGUAUCUGUAAAGGUGGGUAUUCUGAUCACUUUAUUCAUAGCGGCAAGACCAAGGGUUCAGUAGUUUACACUUCUAAUAGACAACAAUACAGAAUCUGCAAUUACAUUAAGAUAAUUAUUCCAGACACAUCUAAUACACAGCGGAGACUAUAGUUACAUCCUGUACAUCUAGAAUGACAGAGCACUGCCGCUUUAUUUGUACUACAGCUAAGGUGUUAUGAUUUAUUUACAUUUGGCUGUCUUUCAGAUAGUCUCUUAGAGACAAAUUAGAAGAGGUACAGAAGCCUCUGGUACCAAGACUGAGGUUUCACCGAUGUUUUUGUUACGGUGUGGUUAUGGUCAGUAUUGAAUUCUGCUGUCUUUUCAAUAACUGUACAUAGCUUUAUGAUGGAAGUAUAGGACUAUUUUAUGUAUAAAAAUGAUGUAUUGGGGAAAAUACUGCCUAGACAAGUAUCUCAGGUUUCAGUGUUCUCAGAAUGUAUGCUAAGAGGCUCAAAGCUUUUCAGAAAAUAUAUAUAUAUUUGUUAAACCGAAUAGCUAAAGAUACUGCAUUGCAUAACUGAGGAGAGAAUGCUAUUGUAGCUCCCGAAACAGGUAAAACUACAGCUAUUCCUAUUGUUCUAGGAUCCGUUAUUUGAUGGUUGUAGAACUGUGGUCAGAUCCUGAGAGCUCUGUGAGAAAUGGUUAACUUGCUCUUUGAUUGUUUAUACCUCUAAAUAAAUAAAAAAAAAGCGUUGUUUUUUUUAAAGCCUGCGUGUAAAAUGUUUAGAAAUAAAUGGUCACAAGAACACUGGUACUACAGCAUAGUUUGUAUUGCUCUUCCAAAAAAAUGUGGUUAUGAAAGACUAUGCAACCUUCAGCAGCUGGGUAGGUAAAGCAGACAGUGCUCCGGGUGGGGGAAUGAAAAUGAGGGCUGGGAUAAAUGGCUGUGCAGUGCUGCAGUACCAAUGGGACCGUCGCCAAGCAAGGUAGUUUAUACUUGCACCCCAGAAUGAUAACGCUGACCAUAGAUGACAAGGCUUUUGCUCUCACCAACGCAGCUUUAUGUACACAGUGAUCUGUUUAUGCCACCUGAAAUUGUCAUUUAAAGGGAACGUCAGUUCUGCACUGCAAAGUAUUCCCGACUCUGCUUUUUUUUUUUUUUUUUUUUUUUCCUGCAACUCAUUUCCAAAUCUACUUUGUAUCUGAGUCUGACCUUAUUAUUGCUUAAAGGGCUGGAAAAA